AUUAUUAUCGCAUAUCUUCAAUGGCGAUACUGGCAUAUCGGUACCGAGAAAUUUAGACACAUUGUAACCCGAGACAUCACUUACUCCGAUGCCGAUACCUUGUGCAAACUCGACGUUUACCAUCCCGAAAAGAAAAACAAUCAACGAGCGUCUCCUAUUGUUGUUUUUAUCUAUGGUGGUUCAUGGUCGUCAGGGGCUAAAUAUCUCUACACACCGUUUGCCAAUACGUUACGAGAGUUGGGUUAUGUUGUGGUGGUGCCCGACUAUCGAAAGUAUCCCAAAGGCCACAGUGCAGGUGCCCAUUUGGCUUCCCAGGUGGUUCUUGGUGACGCUAUUGAAAAGGCUAAUUUCCUUAAAGCCAAAAAUGGGCCAAGUGAAAAGCGUGAUCCUUCCACCAAAUCAGCUUCGUACACGUUGACCGAUCUGUCAGCACCACUUCAGAAAGAUUUUUUGCCACAAGUGGAAGGUCUAAUUUUAAUGGCCGGUGUUUAUGCGGUUGAUCAGCAUCUAUUGUAUGAAACGAGUCGCGGUGUUGAGAAAAUUUCGGCCAUGGCCCGUGUGAUGGGAUCUACCGUAGAAGGCUAUUGUUCAAAUUCACCGCUGGAUCUGGUGAAACGUAACGGUGAAUUGUUUGCCUUUAAUGACGAUAUUCUAGAUUUCGCCCCUCGUAUUCUCUUUGUUCACGGAGAAAGAGAUACCGUCGUACCCAAAGAGCAAUCCAUUGACAUGUAUAACAUGCUGGGCGAUGUUUUGCCACCUGAACGUCGUGACGAAGUGGAUGUACGAAUGCGAUUAUACAAACGGCUGGGUCACGCUCAAUGUAUUCUCGACUUGAUGCCCAGUAUUCUUCCUGCAUCUCGGUUACGAAAAUCAUUAAUACGUGAUUUCCAAGAAUUCAUGGAUUAUUGA